AUGCCCUCAACCAGUCUUUGCCAAGACGAGUCAUGUCCUCCAUACAGUCUCAUGGACGAUUAUAGCGAGGGCGCUCACCCUCAAAUUCUGGAAGCUCUUCUCCGCACGAACUCAACGCAACAAGUCUCUUAUGGAGGUGAUGAUUACUCCAAUCAAGCCCGGGAAUUGAUCCGCCAACAAAUCAAUUGCACCGAGGAUGAGGCGGAUAUUUUCUUCGUUCCCAGUGGAACUUCUGCCAAUCUUAUCUCUAUAGCGAGCUGCCUCCGGCCCUAUGAAGCUGUCAUCACCCUAGAGUCCGGCCACAUUGCGAGCAAAGAGGCAGGUGCAAUUGAGGCCACAGGCCACAAGCUCAUUCUUGUUCCUGCCGUCGAUGGAAAGAUGACUCCGACCAAUCUACGGAAAGCAUUCCAGCAGAAUCAAUUCUACCCACAUAUGGCCAAGCCUCGCUUGCUCUACAUCUCCAAUGCUUCAGAGACUGGGACAGUCUAUACCAAGCGGGAACUGACAACAUUGUCAGCUCUCUGCCGAGAAUUGAAUCUUUUGCUCUUGAUUGAUGGCGCCCGAAUGGGCACUGCAUUGUGCUCCAAGAAAAAUGACCUGACCUUACGGGACAUCUUCGAGCAUGCCGAUAUCUUCUGGAUUGGCGGUACCAAAGCUGGUGCGUUGAUGGGAGAAGCUAUCGUCGUCAAAAGGGCUCUCGCGGAAGGGUUCAUCUUUCAUCUCAAGCAACACGGUGCUUUGCUGGCGAAGGGCCGUAUUUUAGGAGUUCAGUUUGUGGAGCUAUUUCGAGAUAACCUCUUCUUCACGUUGGCUACUCACGCCAAUGCCAUGUCGGAGAAAAUAUCCGCCAACUUCGAAGCUUUGGGAUAUAAGCUGGCAGCGGAAACCCAGACGAAUCAGGUCUUUGUCACUCUGCCUCCACGCUUGAUCCGGACGUUGCAGGAGAGAUUCAGAUUCUAUACCUGGGACCAUUUAGAUGACGGACAGGUGGUUGUGCGACUUGUCACCUCCUGGGCGACAGAUGAGUCGCAAGUUGACAAGUUUAAUGCAUCGGUGCUACAGUGGACUGUGGCGAACAAGGGCAUCAGCGUUGAUUAG